AUGAGUAUGCUUGCUAAAUUCAAACAAGGCGCUCAGAAAGCAGGCAUUCAGGCUACGGCGUUUGCUCACGCAAGUGGCAACAAGAUUGCUUCAGGCUCGAGGGAAUUCGUUCAGGGCUUUUCGUUACCUGGAGAGGCGGAGAAAGCGGCAAAGAUUCUCGAUAGUUUCCUUGCGGAUCCUGAACGACCCGAAUCAGCACUGAACGCCAUUCCAAAAGCUGUUUUGCAAUCUGCAAGAGGGCUUGCUGUAUUUCAGGUUGUGAAGGCUGGAUUUGUCUUCUCUGGAAAAGCUGGCUCUGGUCUAGUAAUCGCUCGACUUCCUGAUGGAUCUUGGUCUGCACCAUCAUGCAUAGCCACGGGCGGUCUAGGUUGGGGGCUACAGAUCGGUGCUGAUAUUACAGACUUUGUGAUCGUUUUGAACAGUGAAGACGCUGUAAGGGCAUUUUCACUUGGAGGGAAUGUGACUAUCGGUGGAAACGUCUCUGCUGCUGCGGGCCCUAUCGGUACCGGAGGGAGUGUACAGGCGUCAUUAGCUCAUCCAGCACCAAUGUUUUCGUAUUCAAAGAGCAAAGGUCUUUUCGCUGGAGUGUCGUUGGAAGGAACGGUUCUCAUCGAACGAAAGGACGCCAAUCGUGAUUUCUAUGGAUCCCCUGUUCCAGCACGAGAUAUUCUUGGAGGCAGAGUGCCUCCGCCAGAGGUGGCUUCUAGGCUGUACGAAAUCAUCGAAGCAGCAGAAGGACUGGAUGAAACGGGGCUACCACAGGAAGCGUACGUUCCAACGGACACGGGUGAUCAUAUCAGUAUCAACAGCGGACAUCAUAUGGUUUUCGACGCGGAUGGUCAGCACCAUUAA